CUUCGCAGCCAACGCCAUGACAUUCCACACUUGGCUCACUUUUAUAGUGCUGUCAAAAUUGACGUUCGCAGCAGCGACCACUGAAAAACUGAAUUUCGACUACGUGAUUGUUGGUGGUGGCACAGCAGGCACUGUACUUGCCAAUCGCCUAUCUGAGAACAGUUCUGUUUCAGUCGCUUUGAUCGAGGCCGGUGAAUCUGCUCUCGACAACCCUCUAGUCAGGACCAUCUACGGAAACUGCCCGGCUUGUGACACUCCACUGGACUGGAAUUACACCACAAUUCCUCAGCAGUAUCUCAAUGGCAGUGUCAAGCCUUAUCAUGCUGGCAGAUGUCUUGGCGGGACAAGUGAUCUCAACGGUAAUCUUUCUUCAAAACAUCUACGCCCUGCGAUGGCAGAGUUUCAAGCGUGGCAAGCUGUAGGUAACCCCGAUUGGUCGUGGGAAUCGCUCCUCCAUUACUUCCGCAAGAGCGAGAACCUGCAAAUCCCGUCUGCAAACCAACAAGAUCAAGGGGCUACCUAUAUCAACGAGUUUCACGGGUUCGACGGCCCUCUGGACAUUGCGUGGCCACCACUUCUGGACGUUGGCAGUUAUGGCAGAGCGCUCAAUCAGACAUGGCAAUCGCUUGGUCUGGAAUGGAAUCGUGAUCCAAACUCAGGCUUGCCGCGUGGCUUGUUCUCGAAGCCUUCCGAGUACAACCUCCAGCAAGGAGGUAUCCGCGAGGAUGCUAAUAGAGCUUACCUGGCGCCAAUUGCAAACAGGACUAAUCUUAAGGUCUUCACAUAUACUACCGCGAUGAAAGUCAGAUUGGAGCAUCGCACGAAAUCGAGAGAUGUGGUGGUGACUGGAGUCGAUGUUAUCACUGCCUCUGGAGAAAAUCAGACAAUACGAGCACAUCGUGAGAUUGUGCUCUCGCUCGGCACCAUGCGAACUCCAACUCUGCUAGAAGCCUCAGGUAUAGGCAACUCUAGGAUUUUGACCAAUGCCUCCAUUCCAGUCAAGGUAGAUCUCCCAGGUGUAGGAUACCACUUGCAAGAUCAGAUCGGGUCUGUCCUUAUCUUCAACGUAACAGACAAUGACAAUUCCACCGACGACUUGACCAAUAUACCCACUUAUGCCUUUGUAACCGCACAAGACAUAUUUGGAAACAACACUCCGAGCAUGCUGGCCGAUCUACGUCGCAGCAUUCCCGAAUACGCCGCAAAAAUAGCAGCAGAAAGCAAUGGCGCAACAACCAUCCACACAGAACUGCAACGCUUGCACACUCGCGUAGAUUCAAUAUUCGACAAGAACAUGCCUAUUGCCGAAUUAAUUCUCAACCCCAGUUUCGUCAGUUUUUGGCAAACCUUGCCCUUUUCCAUUGGCUCCGUACACGUAAAGCUCCCCAACCAACGAACAGAAACAUACAUCACUUUUACUGACUCCACUAUANNGCUAUCGCCACAACAGCCUUCAAAACCUCUGAUUAACCCCAAUUGGUUACAAUUCGAUUUCGACUUCCGGGUCCAAGUCGCCCUCGUCAAAUUCUGCAGAAACCUGUACUCUACGCCUCCGUUGUCUAUUCUCAAUAAUCCUGUUGAGGUUUCUCCUGGCUAUGCGAUGUUACCGCUUAACGCUACGGAUGCUGGAUAUCGUGCNUUUUUCAACUCGGGUGCGGCGGUGUGGCAUGGAGUAGGUACGGCAGCUAUGAUGAGCAGAAACCUAGGCGGUGUGAUUGAUUCCACCAUGAAGGUGUAUGGAACGAGUAAUUUGCGCGUUGUGGGUGCGAGCGCGAUUCCAUUCGAGGUGAAUGGACAUCCGACGAGUACGAUAUAUGCGAUGGCUGAGAAAGCUGCUGAUGUGAUUAAGAUGGGGUGGAAA